UAUAGCGCAUCACUUCCCGUGUUUCCAGCGAGUGUUCAGUGUUUAUGUGACGCGGCUGUUUUUAAACAUCAUCAUGAGUCACGAGUCUGAUUCUGAAAUCGAUGAAAGAAUCGAAAUAUUGAAGAAGAAAUAUCUGCACAGGAGGAAUCAGGUUUCCAACAACACAGAAUCAUUUGGAUUCACAUCAGAUGAUCAUGGAGAACAUGACACUGGUGCAGAUGUUCAGAAGAAUAGACACUCCAGAGAGAUGAGAGAUUAUAGAACUGCUCUCAGAGAACUCCAUAGAUCUCAACAUGAACAACAUCACAGAGAUGAAGAUGAAUGUCCUGAAGAAACAAACAUCUUUUGCACAGAAACAGAUGUGACUUUACCAUCACAGCUCGCCCGUUCCUCUAGUUCCUGUGUGUCAGAGUCUCUGUUGGACGGUGGAGGAAACUUCAUGGAUCAAACUCAGAGCUCGAGCAGCGGCGCAGUAGUGCAUGUGUAUCAGGAGAUGCUGCACAUUUAUGAGAAACUGCAGGCGGAGCGUGUGAGUCAACAGGCGUGGGCUGCAGAUCUGUGUGUGCGAGAGCGUGAGUUACAGCAGAGAGAGAACACACUCCUGCAACAGCAGAACAACAUUCACAGACUCAGAGGAGUGCAGGAUGAUGUCAUCAAACACAUGCAGUCAAUGCAGCAGAAAUAUCAGCAAGAGACGGAUGAGCUGAAAGCCGCUCUGCAACAGAAAAUGAAAGAGAACAAGAGGAUGAAGUCCAGUUUUGACUCCAUGAAGGAAUUCAAUGACUCCAUGAAGAAACAGCUGAUUGACGUCACUGAGCAGAACAGGAAGUUGGAAAUUCAGUCGCGAAAAGUUCAGUCUCGACUGGAGAACCUGCAGGUGAGUGAGGAGCAGUGUUGUAGAAAGUUUGAGUACUCCACAGCGCACAGGGGACGAGAAUAUGUGGUUCCCAAAGCUUCUGAGCCCAAACCCUGCAAACAAGAGAAAUCACUGUCACAGAAAGCAGGCAAGGACUCUGUACACACAUCUACGGUGAAGUUGUUAUCAGUUCUGUUGGAUUGGGUCGUGUACGGUUCGGAUCUCACAGCUCCUGAUCUCUAUAAAGCACCAGCUCCAUCACUGCAGGAGAGAUGUGCAAAGGUUUUGCCUCUGCUGGUGGAGCAGCUGCAGUUGUCUGCGCUGAUGGAGCUGCAGGUGCAGUUAUCUCUGCUGCGCUGCAUUUACUGCUGCAUCCUACAGCUGGAGCGCAGCACACAGCACGCUCCACUGACCUCCACCCUGAGGUGUUUGGGGGAGGAGGUGUCUCGCGGAUCAGCUGACCCAGGUAACGCCGCUCGCUCUCGGGCAUGUCCGCUGUUUAAGAGCUCCUGUCUGCACACACGCUUCCUGAGCUGUCUCAUCAUCAUCAAAACCAUCAGUCAAGCGGAUAUCUUGGCUCAAGCUCUGGACAUGUUGUUGUGUGCCGUGCGGACAGAUGAAGGUCAGAUGCUCUUCCUGCAGUAUCAGGCGCUGUCGGCCAUUCUGACGCUGUUGAGAGGAGGAAGUCCUGCACUGCUGUCUGUGUCCAUCAACAUACUGCUGCAAAUGAGCACAGAAUCACGGCUUCUGUCGAGCAUCCUGGAGCAAUGCAGCACUGAAGAAUUCUUCCGCUGCGCGACGCAGUUCCUGCGUAACCCUCGUGUGGAGCCGCCGCUGGUGGAGAAGAUGAGCAUAAUCCUCCAAAAGCUCUCUAGCAUCCGGAAGAACAAACGUCUGUUUGAAGUGUUCUCGCUGCAUUUAUUGUUGCAGGAGAUGCAUCGCACAGCUGACCCCGCACAACCUUUCCUCAGUAUGAACCUCAGCUCAAUCCUGCUCAAUCUGGGCAUGCUCACACGCUCCUGACACACUCCAUACUGCAUUCAAUAUCACACUUCUGUGCCUCAGUGUUCACUGUGCCGCUUAAACGGACAGUUGAUGUCAUUAUUUACUCAUCCACAUGCCAAUCCCCUUUAUUUUGCUUCGUCCAGUGAAGACUUGAGAUGUUUGUCAGAAUGUCCGAGCUGUGUUCCAUGCUAUAUUCCAAGUCUUCUGAAGUCAUACGAUAGCUUUUUGUGAGGAGCAGAGUUGCAUGUCAUGAUUCACUAAUGCACUUAGCUGUUUUUUUUUGUAUUUUUUAUUGAACAUGUCACGUGACCGAUCACAAUGUGACAGAUUUGAAAAACAACUGCAAAUGAGAUCUGAGAGCUGCAGCGGAGAGGAAGAUUAUCAGUGAAUAACAACUUAAAUUUCAGUCUGUUCAGUCACAUAAUACUAUCGUAUGACUUGGAAUAAAGUGCAUACAUCAUACAGACUGCUUUUUUGGUGCUUUUUUGGAGCUUGACAGUAAAAACAAUCAUUCACUUUUAUUGUAUGGAAAGUUCUGAUUCAAUCUGUGUUUCUCAGACGAAAGAGAGACUUACGGGUUUUGAAUGACAUUAGGGUGAGUAAAUGAUGACAGAAUUGUCAUUUUUAGGAAAACUGUCCUUUUAAGUUAAUUUGUAAGAUGGAGAAUGCACACUUUAAAUGAUUUUUUCUUACCAUGAACAAAAUGAAUUUAAUAAUGAAUUUAAUCAUCAGGCUUUUUAUACUUCAAUAAAAUUGUAAUGUUAUUCAAUUAAACUCAU